UCUUUCUUAGUCUCGUAAGGCCGGUCACGUGCUCUACCUGUAUUUCCACGCAAACAAUUCCUUAGGCUAGCAAAAACAACCAAACCUACAAAAUAAACACUGUUCAAAAGCAAAGCUCUCUCUCUCUCUGCCUAGUCUCUUUGUAAAAGUGGAAAUAAAAAGCUUGGCUCACCCUGAGAUGCCCCUGAAACACCAUUUUCAAUUUCUGUCAACUCACCCAUAAAACGGAGUGCAAAGGGUCUCUUUUUUAGAACUAGUUUUUUUUUUUUUUCCCAUCACAUUCGUCUCUCUCGUAUUCUUUCUUCUCUCUCUUUCUAAUUACCAUGGAAGCUCUCAGUUUUCUCAGAUUUUGGAAACCCAGCUAUGGUGUUCACAAGGAGAACCCAAACCAACCGUGUUAUGGAAACAGAGGCUCCACCCAGAUUCCAACGUCUUUGAUUGUUUCAGAUCAUGAGUUGGAUGAAGGGGAGGACUCUUUCAUCGACUUGGAGCUUCCUUUACAUGAUUUUGACGACAAGGGAAACGUCUGCAGCUACGGCCGUGAAGAGAACGGUGUCAAAGACAAGAAAAGAUUUGAUUCCAAGGAAGAGGAAGUGUUCCAUGAAUCAGCUAAGAAUGUUGGUGAUAAAGAGCUCGACUUGCGACAGCAAACUCGUUCUCUGUCUCCCAACGAUCACUUCUCCAAAAGAAAGAUCAUCCCCAUUGAGUCAAGCUCCAAGCCUCAAUCUCCCAUAACUCUGUUAAAAUCAGCUCCGAAAUUUCGAGUCUUUACUCUCAAGAAGUCAAAUUCAAUGGCAAAUACUAGUAAUACACAUAGCUCAGAGAAAACAGAGUUCUUCGGUAUUUCUAUGGAGACCCCAAAGCAUGAAAAGAAAGGCAGCAGCAAGCAUUUCAAAGUGAAAUUCAAAUUAGAGGAGUCUCCAAACCUCCCAAUCUUCACCAGGGAAAAUAGUUUGUGGAAAACAAAAGGCAAAACGGAGGACUUGUUAUCAGACGAUUCCUCAAAGAGAUUAUCAAAAGAUCUGAUACAAAAAUACUUGAAUAUAGUCAAGCCAUUGUACAUAAAAGUCUCAAAAAAGAACAGUCAAAGUGACAAGACAAAAGUCUUAGGUGACUUAUCAAUGUCAUCCCCAGUUGCUUCUCCGGCAACGGUAUAUUCCAUGAAGGAGAAACAGGGGAAUCUUUCAACAGGGGUUAGAGGGGUGUGCAAGCACUUGGGAAAGAGCAGAUCAGCUUCGGCUGCAGCAUCGCCGAUUAGUAGGAGAGAUGAUUCGCUGCUACUGCAACAUGAUGGGAUCCAAAGCGCCAUUUUGCAUUGCAAAAAAUCUUUCAAUUCAUCAAGAGAAUCUUCUUGGUUGUCGAGAUGCACAAGUGAUUCUUCACAAGAGAAGUUAAGCAAUGCAUCUUCUAUAGAUUCUUCCAUUCUGUCACGAAUUACAAGCAAUUCUUCGUACGAGAAACUGAUGGACCCCGGUAGAAUAUCCAGCUAAGAAGGAAAUGUCUUCAGCACCCGAAAGUUCUAGAAAACGCGGGGAAAAAAUGUUGUUAAUCAAAGCCUAUAGAAAGAAAACAUUUGACAGAGACUUUGAUUUUCAUUAUCAUGAUGUAAAAAAAUGAAAGGUAAAAAAAAAAAAAAAGGAGAAAAAACAAGAAUUUAGAGAGGGUAGGAUUGUUGUUUGAUUGUUAGCUAUGAUGAGCAGUGAGUAGCGUAGGUUCACUUGUAAAGGUCAUGGGUCAUCAUGAAGAGACUGAAAGUAACUCUAUAGUUGGAUUUUUUUGGUUGUGUGACUGUGUAUGGUCUUGCAUUUCUGCUGUUAAGCCAUUAUGUUAUCUUUGAAAGGUGAUCUGUUCAUAUCAAAGAUGUGAUCAUUUCUGGAUUUGAAGGACCUGAAAUGACUAAACAGUUUUCUCCGCUUUGUUCUUUCUUUUCAUUUUCUGGGGUGAGAAUUUGAGACUAUGCUUUUUCCAGGACAACUGGUAGUUUCUGAUGGGAAAGGGGAGAAGUUGGACAGGAACGGAAUGGGAAUAUUUACUAAUGUAGGGGUCACUG